GUCCGUCCUCUGCACUCGCUGCUGCUUCAACUGUGUUCCUUGUAAACGCAGCAAUCGUUGGCGGCGGAGAGGGUCGUCCGUCGGUGUUUUCCGGUUAGGGGUUUUACGUUACAAUCACAUGACUUGCGAGUGGUGCGAAAGGAGAAAACAGUCAGAGAGAUGUGGGGGGAAGCAGUUGAGGAAGGGGCGGUUGAGUUAACGUUAAUCUCCCGCACUGUGUAACCGUCGUGAAACCAAGCCCUGCUAACCGUUUUUCUCUUGUUCUUUCUCUCUCUGACAGCCGGCGAGGUCCAACCGCUGCAGUCACUCACAGCGUAUGGUCGUUUGCUUAUUUGACUAUAAGAGACAGAAUGCCAACCAUUUUGACUAAAGCCAUAGACACAAUACACCGUAACAAAAGCAAGUUUUUUGAGGAACACGGAGAGGAGGGGAUCAGUGCGGAGAAACAAGCAAUAUCUCUGCUGUCUAAAAUGAGGAAUGAGCUACUAACCGAUAAGCCACUACUGGAAUUGAUGGAUGGCUUGCCAGACACAGAGUCCUGGAACCAGUAUAUGCAGAGACAGCAGAGCCAGCUGGGGGACCAGGAGCCUGCUAGCUGGUUCAAGUCUCCUUGGCUGUAUGUGGAGUGCUACAUGUACAGGAGGAUACAAGAGGCAAUCGGGCUCAAUCCUCCAAUUAACAACUUUGACGUCUUUAACGAGGGAAAGACCCAAAGCUUUUUUGAGUCUCAACAGGCUGUGAUGGCUUUAUGUACUUACCUGGGAGACAUCCAGAGGAGCAUGGAGAAGCUGUCAGAGAACCAGUUGUCUGAAUAUUUCAACAAACUACUCCAGGUUUCUCUUUGGGGGAACAAGUGUGAUCUUUCCAUCUCUGCUGGUCAAGAUAACUCCCAGAAGACCAGUCCAAUAGAUUCCCUCAACAGCUUACAGUCUUUUAUCUUGGUGGAUGACUCCAACAUGGUAUGGUUGACUCUUAAUUCUUCGAGAAGGCUGGAAAGGACAGGAAAAAAAACUGCAGACAGAGUUGACAUUGUGCUAGACAAUGCUGGUUUUGAGCUGGUCACUGACUUAGUGUUAGCAGAUUUCCUGGUGUCCUCAGGCCUUGCACGUCAAAUUCAUUUUCAUGGCAAAUGCUUCCCGUGGUUCGUCUCUGAUGUCACCGCGAAAGACUUUCAGUGGACCAUCCGGCAGACCAUGGCAGCCAAUCACAAAUGGAUGUGUAAGAGUGGCUUCCGGUGGCAGAGCUAUCUCAAAGAGGGUGUUUGGUGCUAUCACGACCAUCCUUUCUGGACGCAGCCCCACGAGUUCUGCGACAUGGCAGCGGAUGCUCCUGACCUGUACGCAACCCUGCAGGAAGCAGACCUGGUGCUAUUUAAAGGCGAUCUCAACUACAGGAAGCUGACUGGUGACAGGGACUGGGGCCACACUGUGGAUUUCUGUGCUGCACUGAGAGGUUUUGAGCCGGCACCACUUUGCAGCCUGAGAACCCUCAAGGCCAACAUACAGGUCGGUCUGCAGCCGGGACAAGCGGAGAAGCUGACCUCCCAAGACCCAUCGUGGAUGACCAAUGGGAAUUACGCUGUUAUUCAGUUCCACAUCCCAAAGUUGGAGUAGACCUCAGGAUUAGACUGGGAUGACUGGACUUCAAAAGAUUUUUACUCUAAGGAAGCACCAAAAUUAGGUGCUGCCAUAACUAAACUAAGUUAUCAAAGGUUCUUUUAAAGGACGUCAACCAACUUUAACGAAUUCACGAAAUGCACAACAAGAAUAACAGUCUUAUAAUAAUAUAUGUCAAUGCUGUCUUAUAUUUAUAAUGCCAUAUUUUUACAUUGCAAUCAUUGAUCAUAAGUUUUAUUCAGGCUGUCUAAGGUGUUAAUUUAUCUAAAGAGCUAAUAUCUCACAUUUUGAUUUAUAUUACAGAUAACUUUCCUAUACCUGGAACUAAGUCUGUUUAUAGUAUAUGCAGGUAGUGGCGCUAAAAUCUAAUUUUGGGCUUUGUAAACCUAACGACAACAUUUUAGCAUGCAGUUCAGCUUUAUGAUGGAUGGUAUUAAUCUGUUUUUUUGGCUUUUUUAAUUCCUCACAAGCUUCUGUGUUUACAUUGACCUUCAUGCAUCAAAACAAGAAAAUCAUCUUAACUGAUCUAGAUCUGUGUUAUGUCUGUUUUUUAAUUUGAAUGAAUUAUUUUGAUAAUAGUGGGUAUAGGGAUGGUGUAAUGGUAAUAUUGCUGGAAUAUGUUGCGACUGAUAAAACUGAAUGAUCUUGGUUCAAAACUUGGCUGUUAGUUGUAAUGGGUGGUUGCUGGAGCAAAGAUUGUUUUUGAAGCUUGUUUAAUAAAUUAUUGUAAUGAA